AGGAGGGCCAAAAGUAGUGGAAGGGGUUGAAAAGAGAGCUGCGGACCUGCAGUACUAUGGAAAGGUGAGACAGAGAGGCUGUAGACGUGAGGAGAAAACCAGAGAGAGAGCGAGAGAGAUAGAGAGACAUAAAGAGAUAGAGAUACAGAAGAAGAUCAACACAACAGCACUUCAUCAGAUUAUCAUCUCCUGCUUGGGACAGCCAACACCAUCUUACUAGCAUCAGUUCUUAAGAUUUCUACCGACACGCCACUGACCAGCACAUACAACAACAAGCCACACACACUGCAGGACAGAGCCGUCAUGAUGCUGUGGAGUAUUUCCUGUGCGCUGUGCGUUGUCUCAGCGUGUGUAUCUCUGACUGUGGCCUAUGAUGAUGAUAUCGAGGUGGAAUAUCGCAACUUCUACGACAACGAAAUCAUAGAGGAAGAGCCCAAAAAUGCCACACCAAGCCCCUCUCCCUGCAGCUCUGGGGAUCUGACCAAGUGGGACAAGAUGUUCUCUAUGCUGGAGAACAGUCAGAUGAGGGAGAACAUGCUACUGCAAUACGCCGAUGACAUCAUCAAGGUGGAGAUGGGCUCGCUGCGUGCAGAACUCCUCAGGAUGGUGGCGCAAAACGGCGGUUCGUGCGGGGUCGCCGUGGAGAUGGCGGGGAGAAGGCUGUCCCUGAUGCUGGAGAAGCGGCUGCGUGACACCCUCGAGCGCAUCAGCCUGCCGGGCCCCUCCUCCAGGGGCCCCUCCGACCGGGAGGAGGCCCUGCUGCAGCAGGUGCUGUCCGCGGCGCGGGCCCAAGGCUCCCGGCUGGCCAAGCUGGAGUCGAGUUGUCUCGGCGCCGGGCUGGGACCGGCGUCGCCGUCCGCGUCGGACUCCAAGACGGGGGCCCAGGGACUGGCGGGUGACGGGAAGGGUCGCCUGGAGCAGGAAGUGACCCCGCCCAGGGAGGGCAUGGCCGCCCUGGAGAGGACUCUAGCCGCUGUGGUGACCGAGCUGCAGGAGACGCGGGCGCAGCUGCAGCAGGUGACGAGGUCAACAAGGCAGAGAUACCUGCCCGCAGGUUGCGAGUCGUCUCUGCUCUUCCCCAUGCGCUCGCGCCGCAUCUACGCGGCGGUGCUCCCCGGCGUGCCCCUCUCGCUGUCCGCCUUCACCGCCUGCCUGUGGGUGAAGCCCACCGCCGCCGACUCCGCCCCCAACCGCACCGUGCUGCUCUCCUACGGGACGCGCCGCAACCCCUACGAGAUCCAGCUGCUCUUCAGCGGCAGCUCCGCCCUCUUCACCGUCGGCGGCGAGGCCCACCUGGUGGAGGGGCGGGGCGUGCUCAAGGCGGGCGGGCCCUCCGAGUGGCUCCACCUGUGCGGGGUCUGGAGCUCCCAGCAGGGACACGCCUCCCUCUGGGCCGACGGGAGGAAGGUGGCUUCCGCUCCCGGCGUGGCCGAGGGCCGGGUCCUGCCCGCCGGCGGCUCCCUCCAGCUGGGCCAGGAGCGGAACGGCUGCUGCCCCGGGUCUCCGGGCGGCUCGGGAGGAGCUGGAGGAGGAGCAGGAGGAGGAGGAGGUAUUGGCAACGGGAGCGGGAUGUCGGGCUUCGAGGACGGGUUCGACCCCCGGCUGGCGUUCGCCGGGAAGAUGACGGGCGUCAACGUGUGGGACAGGGUGCUGUCCGAGGGGGAGCUGGCGAGCGUGGCGUCGCGGGACGGCCACGGCUGCGGGCCCAGGGGGAACGUGGUGGCGUGGGCCGUGACGGAGAUGGUGCCCCACGGCGGAGCUCAGUUCAUCGACUGAAGGGUGGGCCGCCGGCUCUCUGCAGCGCCCGGGAGCCACUCCGUGUUUCUCAUCUUCGUCAUCUUCGCUGUGCGUGUACCGCAAAGAUAAAGCUUGCGAGUCAAAAGGGGAAAAAACAACUCAAUCUUCUCUUUGCCACCGUCAUCAUCAUCGUCCACUGGCAUCGUUGGUAUUCCAGCGACAAUCUGUAAUGAACCUACGGUCUGCCUUUCAGACCACUGCUUUGCUGUUUGGUUUUGGCUUUUACUAAUUUUCCCACAAGGCUGCUGUUCCCGUCUCAAACCCCUUGAUGUUGAAUCCCUUAAAGAUCUGAUGGAGUAGUGUAGUUCAAAUGGUCAUAUUUAGAGAUGAGGGUGCAUUGGUACAGGUUAAACUGUUGUCGCCAAGGUUUUCAGUUUAAUGUUCCGUCACACAAUGUGCGACCAAAUACCGCCAUGGAAUUAUGAGCUGAUUUUGAGGACUGUGAGGGAGGUUUAUGUUCUUGCCGUGCUAAUGCUGACACUAACAUGUUAUAACGCACAUGCAAACAAACGCAAACACACACGUACACACACACACUCACACACAUACACACACACACACAAACACACAAACAAAUACAAAUUACUAAAUAUGUAUUCUGCAUAAGCCAAACUCAAACAAGCAUUUACCAAAGACUUUAGGACUGGAAGAAUGAGUUAGUUGUUAAGCAGCACAUUUAGUAAGUACUGACUCCUAAUUUAUGCAUUUACUUUGUUACCAUGCUAGAAAGAAAAGUACUCCAAAUGAUCUUAAUGUGAAAGAAAAAGAGAUAAGCACGCACAAACACACACACACACACACACACACACACACACACACACACGCACCACACAAUAGGAUUGGAUGUGGAUUUACAAUCCGUGAUUUGGUAAACAGAAACAGUGGGAGCAAGUGCUCAAAACAUCCACUUGCUGUUUCAAAUUAACUUUGACUUUUUCAAUUUUUUAGUGAAAGGACUUAUUCUGUACUUUUGGUAAAGAAAUGAAUAUUAAAGGUUGUGCCAGUUAUGACACCUAUUCACAAGACCAAAAUCAAGAUUGUGAUAGGAGCAACUAGUCAAACCCAUCGUUAAAGAAACCAAGUGAUCCGAAAAGGGCUACUUCCUGUCUUCAAAGAAUGGCUAGCUAGUGACCACAUUAAAGGUCUGACAGACUCGUGUAAGAAAGUGGACAUUUUCAAUGUUUUCAAUGUACUCUACUUUUAUGUCUUUAAAAGAAUUCUGAACAGGCCGAAUUUUAAUUUCUAAUGUACUCAUCAAAAUGUUUACAUUUCUAUGAAACAUAAUUAUAUGUUAUAUUUGUUUUUUUCAUGUGAUUCUAAGUUUUUUAGUUUUCAUUUAACUGUAGGGGAGUGCAUCGUGUCAUGUUUUAUAAGGAAAUUGAUGAUACCCGAUUGCUAUGAAUCUGUGAUUUGAGGUGUCAGGAGUGUGAAAAGAGGAACUGUGGGCAAUGUUUACAGAAUCUAAUCUUUAAUACUAUGUGACAUGUACCAUAGUAUAAAUUGCUUCCACUGUCUUUGCUGUUUUUUGUUCAAUUGAAUGUAUUUUGUACAUAAGUAUGUUAUGAUUGGUUGAGUGGAGAGUAAGCUAUGAAUAAAAAACCUUUACGGCUGAUCUACUUUG